UAAAAAGUUGUCGGUUUGUGAACGCGUUCUCGAUUGUGUCUCAUCUGUCAUCCACGUUGAUUAGAAUCUAAUAUCUUUUAAAAUGUCCACGCGGGCGGUAUUGUUUUGUUUGUUUUUUAGUUUAAGCAUUAGUUAUAUAGUUGCCGAUACCCCUGCAAACUGCACAUUUGAAGAAGUUGCGGGUGAGUGGAUUUUCGAUGUCGGUCCAGGAAACAAUGAUCGCACUAUCGACUGCUCCAAGUUUUCCUCAGGCCAAAGUAAAAUCAAGAUUAAUCUCAUCUACCCGAAUGUUGCUGUUGAUGAAUUUAACAAUAAAGGGUUCUGGACUAUGAUCUAUAAUCAGGGUUUUGAAGUAGUUGUUGCAGGCCGCAAGUAUUUUGGUUUUUCUUACUAUGUGGGCAAUGUGAGCUACUGUGACACUGUUAAAGGUGGCUGGUCACAUGAUGUCCUUGGUCGUGACUGGGCAUGUUACAAUGGAAAAAGAUCAGCAGCCGUGAAAAAAGUUUUAAACAUUCCUAAAUCGGAUUACUCUCUUAGAUUUGGUCAAGGGCUAAAUUCUAACGCUAUGGUGUGGUCUAUCAACCACGCACAGAGCUUAUGGCAGGCUACCACCUACAAACAGUUUGAGAAGUUUACCAAAGAAGAUUUCAUCAAUUUGGCUGGAGGCAAGGGCUCCAGGCUUCUACACCGCCCCAAGCCAGCCAAACUGACAGAUGAACACCUGAAGAUUAUGGCCAGUCUACCUGCAAGCUUUGACUGGAGGAACGUCAAUGGGGUCAACUAUGUUUCACCUGUGAGAAACCAAGGCUCCUGUGGUAGCUGCUAUGCCUUUGGUUCCCUGGGUAUGGACGAGGCUAGAGUUAGAAUUCAGACCAACAACACCCAGCAGCCUGUGUUCUCUACGCAAGACAUCGUGGAAUGUAGUCCAUACUCACAAGGUUGCAAUGGCGGCUUCCCCUACCUGAUCAGUGGGAAAUAUGCCGAGGAUUACGGCCUGGUCCUGGAGAACUGUAACCCCUACAAGGGCGUGGAUGGGAAGUGCCAGACCAAUCAGAAGUGUCCUCGCCACUAUUUCACCAGCUACAAAUAUGUUGGAGGAUACUACGGAGCCUGCAAUGAAGCAGUGAUGAUGCAGGCAGUGUACGAGCGAGGCCCCAUUGGCGUGGCCUUUGAAGUGUACGACGAUUUCUUCAACUACAAGUCUGGGAUCUACCACCACAACUACGCACUGCGAGGGGACAAGUACAACCCGUUUGAACUGACCAACCACGCUGUUCUUCUGGUGGGGUGGGGUGUGGACAAAUCCAGCGGAGAGAAGUAUUGGAUUGUCAAGAACAGUUGGGGCACUGGAUGGGGUAUUGAUGGAUAUUUCUGGAUUCGUCGUGGAACUGAUGAGUGUGCUAUUGAGAGUAUAGCUGUUGAGUCCACACCUGUCUACACAAACAAUCAGUGAUGGUUAUAGUUGGUGUUUGUAUGUGGUGUUUGUAUGUGGUGUUUGUAUGUGGUGUUUGUGUGUGUUGUUUGUAGUUUUUUGUUACAAGAAAGAUGCUGAGAGCAAGUAUGAGUAUGUGCAAUACUGAAUCUGAAACAUGUUUACGUUUUUUUUUAAUUUAGAGAAUAAAAAUAUUUUUAGUA